UUUAAAUGUAUUAGUCACCAAAAACAUUUUCAAACACUUUAACGUCGCCAUAAUCGGAAACUCACACAAGGCGAGUUCCGGUGCAUCUGGCUUUCGUUUCCAACGCAACAUGUUUGCGUUUCGUUGAAGAAAGUCCCACCUUUUUCAGAAUAAGUCACUGGAAACUUUUCUGAUGAGAAGUGAGCGAUAGCGAGUGACGCACAGCGCGCAGAUCCCACAUCUGUCGACGCAAGUGUCCAUUCAAAGAAAAUAAUUUCUAAACCUGCAAGACGCACGAGACAUAACGCGCGUAUUUUUCUAGCAAGUUUGAAAGCUCCGAAAUCGCUCAACCGUUAAUUAAAACAGACUUCCACAAAAUUCAGAGCUGGCGCUGUACAACUUUGCGUUUACGUUAUGUAUCGAGAAAAACUGAAGCAGCUGCUGCAUCCUCUCUGCGGUGUGAAAUUUAGAACACUUGCUUCAGCACUUGAAGGUGGAACUUCAGCUAUAUAAAUGACCAUUUAAUUGACGUUGGCAACUCAUAGCGCGACCUGGCACUUACUGACGAGGACAUGAAACUAAACGCAAUUUUUGUCGCAGUGGCCGUUUGCUUCGCCAUUAUCGGGGAAGCGGCCGUAACAACAACGAAAAAAAUGACAACGAAAAAAACAACGACAACGAUAAAAACAUCUACACCUCCGCCAGCAAACCAAUCGUAUAAAGUUUGUAGUGACACUAAUUCAACUUCGGCCAGUGGGUCCGUUCAACCUCUAGCUGGACUAACACCGAAUACAACAGCACCAAGAACCUGCAACUUUAACAUUAACGCACCGGUCGGCCAGCAAGUUCAGUUGAUCUGCUGGGCCGUCAGUCUUUCUACAUUGAAGUUGAGCCAAGCUGGAUUUUCACCAGUAGUAAUAAAUUCACUGACAUUUAACGAUGUCAUCGAUAUUUUCCAAACCGGUGACUACAUCGUACCAAACAGGGUUUACACCUCUAAACAAAAUACGUUUUCUAUGACAUAUCGGGUCGUCAAUGCAAAGGACUUCUUUAAUUGUACUUGGACAGCAAUGACAGCGCCAGCGUCAACAGGAACGAACUUCAGAUGGUGUCGUGAUGAGCAGACAUCAGCGUCCAAUGGGGCCAUUUCAACCGUUCAAGAGACAAAUACUAAUGACGAUUGGUAUAGAGUGUGUCCUUUCUUCAUCAAUUCUACGCCUGGUCGUCUAACGCAGAUGUCUUGCUCGGCAGUCAGCGCUAAAUCACUUUUACCUUUUACAACUUUCGAAGGAGCUUUCGUUAGGAGCUUUAUGACGUGGCUACCGUACGGUUCAGUGAACAGGUUGACUGCAAGUGGAAGUCGAGCAGAUUUGCUCGUUCGUUAUUAUAAAACUGACCAACUUAAUUGUCAAUGGAAAUCGAUAACCCCAUCCUCUACGACUACAUCAGACGCCAACCUUUGCCUUCGUGGACCGUCGAGAGACUCAAACGGAACUAUCCAGCAGCUAGGUAAUCUACCGUUAUCAGCUGGACAAUCGAAGUGGUGUCUUUUCUCUAUCAUCGUACCUGCCGAUAAGAAAGUUCAGGUGUCAUGCUCCGUCGUCAACUUGGUUUCACAAUACAGUUAUUUGAUGUUUGACGGAGUUACCGAAGUACCUACUCCCUCUACUGGCUUGUUGCCUACUUUGAACAGGAUUUAUACUUCGAUCAAGAAUCGAAUAGACGUAGCGACUUCUUAUAUGAAUGGAGACGAGUUUACUUGUAAAUGGAACACAGUAACAAUCUCAGCGACGACGCCAUUUACUCUUUGCGUUCAGGGAGAGACAACGGUGGCAGGGUCAAUUAAAUCAAAUGCGGUAGAAACGGCUUCUUCUAGAGCGUGCCGCUUCAACAUCAAGGCACCUUCGAGCAAGCGCGUCAAGAUUAACUGUCCGACCGUCAACAGCCCCGAUAACAUGUUAUUGCAAUAUGAUGCGUUCGGUAACAACAAUACCCUGGCAUCGCCGAUGGUCGCCCAAACCAGUUAUACAUCGAAUAGCAAUGAAAUCGUGCUAUUCGCAAUUAUGAACUCAGUCAUGUUGAAUUGUACGUGGACAUUCGUUUAAAUUGCGAUGAAGACUGGACGUGCGUUAUCAUCUAUGAAUUGCGCAGUUUUGUGUUGACCUUUCUCAAUUUCUUCGUUGGCAAGACUUUGUUAAAAAAGAAAAAUAACAAAAAAUUUUAAAACACUAUAAUCAAUAAGACGACCGUAAAGAUGAAGGGAAAACUAUUCAAAUUGAUGUAUUUGAUUUGUUACUCCCUGAUGAGAAAUUCUUUUCGACAGGACGUACUGAUUGAUAUAACCAAUUUACCAAAUCAAUUUUCGUCAAUUUAAUUUUCAUAAUCAUGGUACAAGGCAUUGAGUUCAAUAUAUACUUGUUUAUCAAACA